GAUUGCCCUGCAAAACUCCUUCCUCUUCUUCCUCAUCUCUUUCGAAAGCCUUUAUUUCAGAUUCAUCCUACUUCUUAAAGAACAAGAGAACAGCUUCUCGCCAUGUCUCAGCCCAGUCCCAGUCCGGUUCCGCCGCCAACGGAAAAGACCUUCACCUCCUACAACCAAGACCAAGGCAAAGCCUACGCCCAGAUCCGGCGCGACUACCACCCCAAGGUCUACCGAGCCAUUAUAGACCACCACACCCUCACAGGCGGCCAACUCGACACCCUCGUCGAUGUCGGCUGCGGUCCCGGCAUGGCCGCCCUAGCCCUGGCUCCGCACUUCGCCCACGCCAUCGGCCUCGACCCCUCGGAGGGUAUGCUCGCCACAGCGCGCUCCCUCUCCGGCACCACGGUGACAUCCACCUCCGCCCCCGUCCGCUUCGAGCUCUCCUCGGCCGAAUCCCUCGGCCAGAACCUCAACCCGCCCAUACCCGACUCCAGCGUCGACCUCAUCACGGCCGCCAACGCCGCCCACUGGUUCGACAUAUCCCUCUUCUGGCGUGCCGCGGCCCGCGUCCUCAAACCCGGCGGCAGCGUCGCGCUGUGGACGUCUGGCCACAUCCGCGCGCACCCGUCCAUGCCCAACGCCGCCGCCAUCCAGGCCGCGCUGGACCAGUGCGAGGAGCGGUACCUGAAGCCGUUCUACGAGCCGGGCAACCUGCUCACCCGGAGCCGGUACGCCGACCUCGCGCUUCCGUGGACGCUGGAGGAGCCCGUGCCGGAGUUCGACGAAGGGGCCUUCUUCCGGAAGGAUUGGGACGUCGGGGAGGACUUCUACGUGGGCUCGAUGGAGGGUGGGUUGGAUGUUUUUGAGAAGGCCAUGGCCACCGGGAGUGCCUAUACGCGGUGGAGCCAGGCGCACCCGGAGGACGUCGGGACCGAGCGUGACGUGCUGAAUAUGGUUCGCAGGGAGAUUGAGAGGCUGUUGCAUGAAGUGGGUGUGGAGAAGGGGAAGGAGACGAUGAAGGGGGCGGUGCAGGGGACGUUGUUGGUUGCGAAGAAGAAGAAGGUGUGAUUGGAAGAAUGGCACCCUCGUAAUGUCUUCGAAUGAGUCAUUGCUUGGGUUCACCACUUAUGCCUCUUUUCCUAACGCUAUACCGCCUACGUUGUCUGACUCCUUUUCACUCUCAAACAUAGGUGGAGGAAACUCUCUCGCGUGUUUCUCUGGGGCUGGCCAAG